UUUGAAAUCAGUGCUUCGGAGUCGACCCUAAAUAUCAUCCUGUGUCUUUGAGAACCAAUUACUUAAUCUCUCUUGCGUCUUUUCCUUCCCCGACCCCCUCCCAGACUCCUUGGCUGCGGCGCUGCGAGGACAGAAGGCGCCGGGGAGUCGGUCCGCGCCUCGCAAGCGUGAGAUCUGAGGAGAGCGUGCCAACUGACCCAACGGCUCCUGCUCCUCAGUAGACCCCGCAGCCUAGGGACUAGAAUUGUCACUUAAGUGGAUAUGAAGAAGGCGCAAAUAAGUGCGGGGGCAGCCACGAGCUUUCCAAAGAUUUUGUUUUAGUUACUUCCCUGAAGAUAAGAUUUUACUGCAGCCUUGUCUGUGCAAUCCAACAGAUGACAAAAGGAAAGACCCAGGUCCCAACAGAGGAACACGGUAGAGCCUGAGGCCCUUCAGCGCCUGGACUGAGCUGAUGCCAGGGUGCUGACUCUUAGUCAGUCAGCAAACCUAGGAAGGCUGUUCCUAUUACAUUCACAGAAGCUGACAGGUAGAUCCUGCUACAUCAUACUCACAGCAAUUCAUUUAUUAAAAAAAAAAACCAAAACUGCUUCCUCAAUCCUGUGUAGAUAUUGGAGUUUAGUAUUUCAAUUGAAGCUAUGAAGUCUAAGACCAACUGUGCUCAGAAUUCAAACUGCAGCAUAAUGAUAUUUCGUCCAACCAAAGAAGAGUUUAAUGAUUUCGACAAGUACAUUGCCUACAUGGAGUCCCAAGGGGCACACCGAGCUGGACUGGCCAAGGUCAUCCCACCCAAGGAGUGGAGAGCCAGGCAGUCCUAUGAGGACGUCUGGGACAUCUUAAUAACCACUCCCCUCCAGCAAGUGGUGUCCGGCCAGGCAGGUGUGUUCACCCAAUUCCAUAAGAAGAAGAAAGCCAUGACAGUGGGACAGUACCGUGACCUGGCCAACAGCAAAAAAUACCGGACCCCGCCACACUGGAAUUUUGAAGAUCUGGAGAGAAAAUACUGGAAGAGUCGAUUCUUUGGGUCGCCAAUCUAUGGGGCAGAUGUCAGCGGCUCCCUGUUUGAUGAGAACACUCAGUAUUGGAACGUGGCGCACCUGGGAAGCAUUUUGGACCUCUUGAAGCAGGAAUGCGGCGUUGUGAUUGAGGGUGUCAACACGCCCUACCUGUACUUCGGCAUGUGGAAGACCACCUUCGCGUGGCACACGGAGGACAUGGACCUGUACAGCAUCAACUACCUGCACUUUGGGCAGCCCAAGACGUGGUAUGCGGUGCCCCCUGAGCAUGGCCGACGCCUGGAGCACCUGGCCAGGCAGCUGUUCCCGGGCAGUUCCCAGGGCUGCCAGGCCUUCCUGAGGCACAAGGUGGCACUCAUCUCACCCACUGUGCUCAAGGAGAAUGGCAUCCCCUUUGGCCGCAUGACGCAGGAGGCCGGGGAGUUCAUGGUCACCUUUCCCUAUGGCUACCACGCUGGCUUCAACCAUGGCUUCAACUGUGCAGAGGCCAUCAAUUUUGCGACCCCGAGGUGGAUCGACUAUGGCAGGGGGGUUUCUCAGUGUAGCUGUGGGGAGGCCAGGGUGAGCUUCUCCAUGGACGCCUUUGCUCGGGUCCUGCAGCCCGAGCGAUAUGAGCUGUGGAAAUGUGGCCAAGAUCAGGCAGUUGUGGACCACACAGAGACUAUGGGGUCUACCGGCCAGGAGCUUACCACCUGGCGGGUGAUCCAAUCACCAAGAAAAACUCGAGGACUGAGGCAUCUCCGGUUUCGCCAGGGCUCACACUCUCUUCUGCCUACAGCCACUGGCAAUAAGAUUCCUUGCAGCUACAGGCAACCAUCAGAUGCCAAAGUUGAUGAGGUCCAGGAGCCUGAUCCGGCCCCAGCCACACCACCUACUCUGGGUCUAUCUUCUGGUCACCACUUGUCAACUGGAAGACGUAGUCUUGGUCGUCGUCCUUGUGAACUGGGAGUUCAGGAGUCCACCAGUGAGGCUCCAGUCAAGAGGCGCCAGCCAGCAGAACGAGCAGACACAAGUCUGAACCCAGAGCUUCCAUCCCAGUCUGUGAGUGAAGACUUGAUAGUCAACCCUGUACCUUUGAGCCCUGGCCCACAGCAUCCUGUGACAGUUUCUGAAGGUGGAUUGACCUGUGACCCCUAAAUGUAUGUCCUGCCUUACAGCUCAUUGCCUGCACUCAGGAAGCUUGCUAAGGUCAUUGCCUCGGAGUUUUGACUGAGUUUGCAGGACACUGGCCACGCCUGAGAGAGCUCCUUGUCAGUUCUAAGUGCUAAACUUGCAUGCACUUUCCUCUUUGCAGAACAUGGCAAGCCUCUGGAUACUGGUAACUCCUGGGCUUCCAGCUGAGGUUUCAUUGGCUGAUCAUUUUGGGUUUCAGAGAGCUAGGUGCAGCUGAGGUUGCUCAAAACUGACCUCUCAUCCUCUAGGCCAACUGUAGAGAAAGAUGAAAAUUCAAGUCCCCCCCCCCUUUAUUCCAUUUCUUGCAAAAUGUCAAAUGUUUGACCAUUAGAUUAGUAGUCUCACACACACACACACACACACACACACACACACACACACACACAAAGUCAAAAAUCAUUUGAGAGUCACAGAUGACUUCUCAAACUUGGUGUAUUAAGAAUGUAUCUUACUCAGUGUUCCCAAAUAAAGGCAAAGCAGCCAAAAUGUUGAAAUUAGACUUUAUUUCCAAUAUUGUAGUUUCUGACAGUGGGAUCUUUGGGACAAUGAUACUUCCUCUGUUUCAUGUCUAACCUAGAAGAAUAAGUCAUUCUGCAGUGAACAUUUUCUAUUUGUUUCUCCCAUAGCACACUUCCCAUUUACGCCUAAGCCUAUCCACAUUUUUAUACACCAGUGCGUGAGUGUGUGUUGUAUAUCUAAGAGUGUAUGAACCAGGGUGAAAGUGUGGAGGACAGAAAAUAUUUGAGUAUUUGGUUUUCCCCAUGUGCCAUGUGGGCCCUAGGGAUCCCACUCAGAUGAAAAGACUUGGUGGCAAUCAUCUUUGCCCACUUAGCCAUCUCACUGGCCCAAUGCCACCUCAUUUCAUUGUGAGGCAAAUUCAUGUGGCCAUCAUGAAUCACCACUCCAUGAGUUCUUCUUACCUCUAUGCCUGAACACAAAUGAGCUUCCUUCUAUUCCCAGAAGAACAAUCUCCAAGCCAGUGUUUCUUUACUUUGGGGGUCAAACGACCUUUUCAGAGGGGUCAC